AUUUUGUCCCAGCACAAACUACUUGCUCACUUUACACUUCUUGGCUCAUAGGCUUGCAGGACGUGUCUGGCUUCAGCUUCAAGAAAUAUUAAGUGGAAAAAACUAUGGCUAGCAUAUUCUCACGUCUCCUGACUGGUCGGAGAACUGCUGUUCUCUUUGCAACAGUUAGCACUGGGGCCUUAACCACUGGAUAUUUAUUGAAACAGCAGAAUGUGAAUGCUGGAUCCUUUGACAGACUGAAAUUAUUUCCUCCAAGUGCAGACUAUCCUGAUCUUCGUAAACACAACAACUGCAUGGCUGAAUGCCUCACACCAGCAAUCUAUGCCAAACUGAGGGAUAAGAUGACUCCCAAUGGAUAUACUCUGGAUCAGUGCAUCCAAACUGGUGUUGACAAUCCUGGCCAUCCUUUCAUUAAAACUGUGGGCAUGGUCGCUGGAGAUGAAGAAUCUUAUGAGGUAUUUGCUGCAGUGUUUGACCCAGUUAUAAAAGUUAGACACAACGGCUAUGAUCCAAAAGUAAUGAAGCAUCACACUGACCUGGAUGCCUCCAAGAUCACCCAAGGUCAAUUUGAUGAUCGCUAUGUCCUAUCAUCUCGUGUACGCACUGGCCGCAGCAUUCGAGGGUUGAGUCUACCUCCUGCCUGCUCCAGGGCAGAGAGAAGAGAAGUAGAAAAUGUUGUAGUCACUGCUUUGGCUGGACUGAAAGGAGAUCUUGCUGGAAAAUAUUAUAGCCUGACAACUAUGUCUGACAAGGAGCAGCAGCAGCUUAUUGAUGACCAUUUCCUGUUUGAUAAGCCAGUGUCUCCUUUGCUAACAUGUGCUGGGAUGGCUCGUGAUUGGCCAGAUGCCAGAGGAAUCUGGCACAACAAUGACAAAACAUUUCUCAUCUGGAUUAAUGAAGAGGACCAUACAAGGGUGAUUUCCAUGGAAAAGGGAGGCAACAUGAAACGGGUCUUUGAAAGGUUUUGCCGUGGAUUACUAGAGGUUGAAAGGUUAAUUAAAGAACGAGGCUGGGAGUUUAUGUGGAAUGAACGGCUAGGAUACAUCUUGACCUGUCCUUCCAACCUGGGGACAGGAUUACGUGCAGGAGUUCACGUCAAACUUCCAAAACUCAGUAAGGACCCUAGAUUUGCAAAGAUCCUGGAAAAUUUGAGACUUCAGAAGCGUGGCACUGGUGGAGUAGACACAGCUGCAGUAGCAGAUAUAUAUGAUAUCUCCAACCUAGACCGCAUGGGCCGAUCAGAGGUGGAACUCGUUCAAUUAGUCAUUGAUGGAGUCAAUUAUAUGGUGGACUGUGAGAAGAAGUUGGAGAAAGGUCAAGACAUCAAAAUACCACCACCACUGUCCCAGUUUGGAAAGAAGUGAAGCUGCUUCCAGUGAUUAUUAACUGACCUAAAAUGUGUCUGUUUGACAGACUAUUAACUCUGUAUAUUCAGUUCCUUAAAACACACACACACACACAUUAAAAAAAUACCUGGUCAAACAGAAGAAUAUGAUCCUGGCAAUAUGUUCAAUAAAAUGCUACCUGGUGCCUUCA